AAAAACAUUAACGCGGGAAAACAAGAAUCCACAAAUCGAUCUAACAGAAAAUUAGUAAAUAAAAAAAAUGGCGAAUGAAGAAGAAGGCGGCAGCGGAGAAGACUAUCAAUUGGAAGAAGAAUUUAACGUGUGGAGAAAAAACACACCUUUUUUAUACGAUCUAGUCAUCUCUCACUCUCUUGAAUGGCCAUCACUCACCGUCCAAUGGCUGCCGUCGCCGCCGUCGUUAUACGACAACGGUUCUUUCGCCGUUCAUAAAUUGAUACUUGGGACCCACACUUCUGAUGACUGUCCUAAUUUCCUGCUUGUUGCUGAAGCUCAUUUGCCUGUUAAUCCUUCUUCUGCACUCGAAACUAAUUUGGAUAAUCAUAGAAUCCCCAAGAUAGAGGUGAUUCAGAAGAUACAUGUUGAUGGAGAGGUGAAUCGGGCUCGGUGUAUGCCACAGAUUCCGUCGAUUGUUGCAGCGAAGACUAGUUCUUCUGAAGUUUAUGUAUUUGACUCGACAAAGCAACCUUUGGAUCAUGAAGGAGGUUCUUGUAACCCUGAUGUUAAAUUGAGGGGUCAUGACAAAGAAGGGUAUGGAUUGUCAUGGAACCCUUUUAAAGAAGGGUAUCUCUUGAGUGGUUCCAAUGAUUGCAAGAUUUGCUUGUGGGAUGUGUCGGCAAUGCCUGCCAAUAAAGUACUUGAUCCAAAACAUAUUUAUGAGGAUCAUGGCAGUGUGGUUGAAGAUGUUUCAUGGCAUUUGAUGAAUGGUAGUCUAUUUGGAUCUGUUGGGGAUGAUUGCAAACUAAUGAUUUGGGACUUGCGCACAAAUAAACAUGAACAAGCUGUUGUUGUUCAUGAGAAAGAGGUGAAUUACUUAUCUUUUAAUCCAUAUAAUGAGUGGGUUCUGGCUACAGCCUCUUCAGAUACCACUGUUGGUCUGUUUGACAUGCGGAAGCUGACAGCACCAUUGCAUGUUUUAAGUAGCCAUGAGGAGGAAGUAUUCCAAGUUGAGUGGGAUCCAAACCAUGAAACCGUGCUUGCAUCCUCUGCUGGUGACAGAAGGUUGAUGGUUUGGGAUCUAAACAGGAUUGGAGAUGAACAAUUGGAGGGAGAUGCAGAGGAUGGCCCACCAGAACUCCUAUUUUCUCAUGGUGGUCACAAGGCCAAGAUAUCUGACUUCUCAUGGAACAAGAACGAACCAUGGGUGAUAUCUAGUGUGGCUGAAGACAAUGCUCUACAGGUCUGGCAAAUGGCUGAAAGCAUUUAUCGUGAAGAUGAUGGCGUUUGAACAUGACCUAUGUACCUGUUGUUUGUUUUCUUGAAAGUUGUCGCUUUACUUUAGGUAAACUUUAAUAGUUGUUCAUGUAUCAAACAUGACCUGUUCAGUCCCAUAGAUAUUUGUGCUUGAAGCUUUUCAACUGGGUUUAUCAAGUACUUUAACCUUGCUCAGUUCAUCUUUGCUGA